UGAGAGUGAGAAGCUGAGAGACUACAUAUCACAUAUAUGGCUUCCAGAGGCUGAAGUGGGUACCCAAAUUCUUAUGACAUAUACAUGUAUACAAUGUAGCAGUUUCUUCUUACAAGUUGCAAUUGAUUCCCACAUAAUUUACAAUAAUAAGGUGUAUUGUAUGUAAGCAUUCAAGUUUGAAAGCAUGGAGAAUAGACUAUUGUUUCUUGCACUGACUUUUUGAUUUAUGUUUUCAUACGUAGAGGUGGGUGCACAUGUUUCGUGCAAAACAACUGAAGAUACCAGUGUACACCAACAACGGAAUAGAACGUCAGAAUGAGACCCUGAAGCACUCAUUCCUUCAGGGAUACAAGAAGAGCAGCUUGACGGAACUGAUCACUGUGCUGGUGACACAGUUCACAACAAACACAUUGCGAAAGUAAGAAUAAAAUUCCAGUCAUCUAUCACUAUAAAGUUAGAUUUUUUUUACUAAUUAUGCAAAUGAGGUAUAUUCAUUUUCAUAAUGAAGAAAAUGGGGGAGAUGUUGCUCUUUAAAGAGGUCAUCAUUAACAUACGAUGCUAGAUGAUGUCUCAUCUUCUGAAAAUUUCUCACACCUUGCAAUGCAAGAGUGUUCACCCACAAACAACCCAAUUACACAUGUAUAUUAUAUCAGAAGUGCCAAACUAUUACAAUUUCAUGAGGUUCUUGAGAAAAAUCUAAGACAAGUUCGGGAGCAUAAAUGUUCUAAGGACAUUUCUAUCAGCAGUUACUGUUAUAAACUAGAGUUCCACGAUCCCAUACCUUCGCCAAACGAUUCUGAGACCAGAUGCGGACAGCAUGUGGUAGUCUACUACGGACAAUAAUUGGAAACACUUAUCAGUAUCACCUACAACAGUACAAGAUGAGGAGUACCUACAAGAACUUAAGGGUCAACUGACUGAGAUGUUGGAAGACGCAAGGAGUCAUACUCUGCAUGAGGGUCCCUUCAGGAUGACAUUUUCUCCCCCCAAAAAGAAGACUUUUACUGUCUUUUACAAUUGCUGUAUUGUGUUUGUCAUUAAUUAUGCAAAUAAGGUUCUCAUUUGCAUAAAACAUAUAAUUCGUUACAAAUGUCACAUGUUGCAAUGGUGCUACACUUGAACUGAGCACUAAUUAAUUAUGCAAAUUAGAUAUUAACUUGCAUAGGUUAAUAUGUAAUUGUAUCAGGCAUAUAUAUAUGCCAAAAAUCAUGACAAUCCGUCAACCCCUUCUUGAGUUAUUCCCUUUCAAAGUCUCACACUAAACCUGCCCGGCAGUUCCAAAACAAGCCGCUAGGGGGACACAAACCUAUACCACUUCAUCAGCAUCAAGAGCUGUCUAAUACUAAAACAUCAUAGCCGCAGCAUGUCCAGAACUUAACAUAUCAAACUCGGAAGUUCCGAUGCAGUACUGCAACAGGCUGUAACAAUCCAUCCAGGCGUUCUUCAGUUAUGCUGGUCUUCUACAUACAAACAAAUGAUAUCGUAGAAAAAUGAUUCUUUCCAUAAAAACUAAUCAGAUUUACCUUUCUCUAAUUCAAGGUACACACAACUCAACAUCGAGAGCUCUUCAAUGUACAGAAGGUACAACGAAAACAUCCCCGUGUAUCUGAGAGACAGGCCAAGGGGCUUCGUGCAGCAUAUGAAGGCAAGACUUGAAGAAGCCAAGGACUACACGGCCAAUGAUGUAAUUGAACUUGACCAUGACACCUUCAGUGUGAAGAGUCAGAGCGAACCAUCCAAAUACCACACCGUCUACUUCGGAGAUGACGAAGACAUGCCCUGCUGCACAUGUAGGGAUUGGGCAAGGCAUCUGUUACCAUGCAAUCAUUUCUUUGCAAUAUUCCAGCAAGUAUCAGGGUGGGGAUGGGAGAAUCUUCCAGCAAGUUACAAGGACAAUCCCCUCUUCACCCUAGAUGACUCUUGUCUCGGACAGAAGGCAGACAGUCCAAGUACAAGUGCAUCUGUCAACGUGGAAGCAAGCAAUGCUACACAGCUAGCUUUCAUCCCUGCUUCUUUACCUGAGAAGAAGUCAUCAAACAAGCGCAAAAGAGACCGGAUGAGGACAGCAUGUGGUAGUCUACUACAUGCAAUAACUGAAAACACCUACCACCUACAAGACGAGGAGUACCUUCAAGAACUUAAGGAUCAACUGACUGAAAUGUUGGAGGAUGUAAGGAGUCAUACGCUGCAUGAGGGUCCAUUCCGGAUAUCAUUCUCUCCCAAAAAGAAGAAGACAUCAACUCCUCCAAAAGACAAAGCCUGGACUCCUCCAGAAGACAAGGCAUGGACUCCUCCACAAGACGAAGCCAAGACUCCUCCAGAAGACAAGACCAAGACUCCUCCAGAAGACAAAGCCUGGACUCCUCCACAAGACAAAGCCUGGACUCCUCCAGAAGACAAAGCCUGGACUCCUCCACAAGACGAAGCCAAGACUCCUCCAGAAGACAAGGCCAAGACUCCUCCAGAAGACAAGGCCAGGACUCCUCCAGAAGACAAGGCCAGGACUCCUCCAGAAGACAAAGCCUGGACUCCUCCAGAAGACAAAGCCAGGACUCCUCCAGAAGACAAAGCCUGGACUCCUCCACAAGACAAAGCCUGGACUCCUCCAGAAGACAAAGCCUGGACUCCUCCAGAAGACAAAGCCAGGACUCCUCAAGAAGACAAGACCUCCACUCUUCCAACACCCGAUUCUAUCAUUAUUAUCAUAAAGGUUUGUUAAUCAUGGGGCAUGAUUUGCGAAUACGUUCGGUUGAUCAGUGCCUUCCCAUGGACUGAGGCCGUCUGAUUAGCGAAGAGUUCGCGCUGGGGGUAAUCAGGAGUCGGGGUCAACAACCCGUGAUGCUGACCCAACAUGGCGGCGCCCACAGAUCGGACAGAAGGUGUGGGGCGGUCGGCGAUAUGAGCCUGGAAACUCCUUUCCAAGCAUAUUCAUUCCACGUAACACGUUCAACAGGGCAUUGAUGUAAGAUGGCAGAAGGAGAGAAGCUCAGAUUACACAGCAGGAGUCAGAGAUCUUCAUACAUCAAUGUUAUCUGUGUAUACAGUGGUCAAAGCACCUGUUACUUGUUAACAACUUUGUUGGUCCGACUGAAGACUACAUGUUACAUACUUGUAGACAAAUAUGAAAUUGUCAGGUAGAUUGGUUAGAACUGUCCUGAUGAAUUGUAGAAUAAGACUUCGUUUGCUCUUAAGUCAUUUAAGUCUCUAAAAUUGUAUAAAGCAUACACGGUGGUAAUGAUUCGAUUCUAUUUUGUAUUUAGCACAAUAUUUUGUAUUCUGCUGGUACUAAGUUUACUGUAAGUAAUAUGCUUCUCCAAUAGGAGUGCUGUAUAUAAUACAUUCAUGAUUAUUUGACCUGCCAACCCUAGUCUAUUGUUUCAAAUGUUUUUUUUGUGUGCAGUACAUACAGGUCAUAUGCAUAGGUUCAUUUUUCGAUGCCUGAUCCUGAAAUGUAAAUAUGUGAAUACGUACACUUGCAAGUAUUGUAUAUAUAUAUAUAUAUAUAUGUAAAUACUUACCGUUUGUGAUGCCUAUUGCUGCAGUACAAUGUGAACCAGUCAAAAUUGCCCACCAAAACGUUGGAGUGGAAUAAAGAAACUUUAAGGGUUGUAAAAAAAAGAGUCUCUUCAUUCACAGAUAUUAGCAUUUUGAUAAUAUAGAUGGUGCAUGAUAAUUGGAGACCAUAUCUUUUAUUUUCAAGACAGCAGAUUGGCCAAUUGUCAUUAUUGAGUGCACCUGAAUAAUGUUUGUUAGUUUUGUUUAUGUGUAUUCAUGUGUGUGGAGUGGAGUGGGUGGCUACCAGAUCACCGGACCUAAUUUGGACCUGUGUAAUAUCCAAAAAUCUGAGUACAAAAUACCCAAGGUCAAGAACCUGAAUCGAAAAAAAACUGAACAAUGUACAAAUACACCCACUAGACAUAUCUACUCAGAAAUCUAGUAGGUAAUUUGACAAAAGAGGGUUUAACAAUUUUGUAAGCAAAUCUGAUUGUCUCAAUUCAACUAAAUCAGUCUACGUCUACUAACCCUAGAAAUUAGGGUUAAGGUUAAAGUUAGCACUUAAACACCCAUAUCUCCACAACAAAGUACGCAAUUUCAAAACGGAUUUUAGAGUGCAAGUACCCAUUAAAAGACCUUUCUAAUCAUACCAAGUUUGACCACCUUGAAUGCACCAUAUACCCUAACCCUAGCUAUAACCGCCAUGAAUACCCUAUAGUCCUAACCCGAUCCCUAUCCCUAGCAAUUAGGGUUAGGGUUAGAGCUUAAACACUCAUAUCUCCACAACGAAGCACGCAAUUUCAAAACGGAUUUCAGAUUACAAGUACCCACCGAAAGACCUUUCUAAUCAUGCCAAUUUUGACCGCCUUUAAUGCAAUAUGUAUCCUAACCCUAGCUAUAACCGCCUUGAAUACACUAUAGUCCUAACCCUAGCAAUUAGGGUUAGGGUUAGCACUUAAACGCUCAUAUCUCCACAACAAAGCAAGCAAUUUCAAAACGGAUUCCAGAUUACAAGUACCCAUCAAAAGACCUUUCUAAUCAUACCAAGUUUGACGGCCUUGAAUGCACCAUUCACCCUAACCCUAGCUCUAACCCUAACCCUAAACCUAACCCUAACCCUAGAAAUUAGGGUUAGGGUUAGCGCUUCAACACUCAUAUCUCCACAACGAAGC